CCCUUGGGACUGAGGAGAGGCUGACCUGAUUCUUUCUCCGGCUCUUUUGAAAAUAUGGGUCCGGAGCCGCGCCUCCUCCAAAACGCCUUCUGCGGCGCGCCUUGAAGGAGGUGGAAGGCGCGAGCCGAGCCCCCAAGCGCGAUCCUGCCUUUACUUUGUGCCGGCGAGGGGGCUCUGGGCCCGCGCCACCGAGCUGCUGGGUCCCCUGUGCCCUCCUCCUGCCUCCAAGGAGUUCAAGGCUCUCUGUGGGCGAGACUACCCGCCUGCCUAUAAUGCACGCUUGUUCUCCUACGUUAUCUUGAAAAUAAUUCUAUAGGAUUCACACAGGGCAUUGGGGUUGUGUGGGUACAGUCCCCCACCCCCGCGCCCCCUGGAGUGUAAAUCACGUCAACAGAUAAGGCACCCAUGGUUUCCUUGGCUUAGCUUUCCGCUCACUUCUCAACCCUAAGCUUAUCCACCCCUUCAGUAUGACACCUUCCCCGUGAAUACGCAGACCUAAACAAGUAACCUACUUUGCAACACCCAAAAUCUUUCCUUCCAGAUGGGGAAAAAGAUGGCAUUUGCCCGUCCCCAUCUGAUGUCCAACCUCCGGUUUCCAAAGAACCUUGUACUUGUGAAAGUAAAUAUGUGUUGUGGCCUUUGCCAUGGAUCAAUGAAAAGUAUCGUAUAAUCAACAAACUAAAAUGUGGGGACAAAUCGGUCCUGGUUGGUAACUCAUGUGAAACAUUCAUGGAAUCCCCUGCUUAGGUGUCACUUUCUUCAGGAAACCGUGAUGUCCAGGACUAGUAGAUAAUCAACAGAAUGGGAGUGAAUGACUUGUGGCAAAUUUUGGAGCCUGUUAAGCAACACAUCGACUUGCAGAGUCUUAGUGGGAAAACCAUUGCAGUUGAUUUGAGUCUCUGGGUGUGUGAGGCCCAGUCGGUCAAAAAAAUGAUUGGAACCGUCAUGAAGCCACACCUCAGGAACUUAUUUUUUCGUAUCUCAUAUUUAACACAAAUGGAUGUAAAACUGGUGUUUGUUAUGGAAGGGGAACCACCAAAGCUGAAAGCUGACGUCAUGAAUAAGAGGAAUCAGAUUCGGUAUGGACCUUCUGGAAAAGCAUGGUCUCAGAAAACAGGGAGAUCACAUUUUAAGUCAGUCUUAAGAGAGUGCCUAGAUAUGCUAGAAUGUCUAGGAGUCCCCUGGGUUCAGGCUGCUGGAGAAGCAGAAGCCAUGUGUGCUCACCUCAAUGCCAGUGGCCAGGUAGAUGGCUGCCUUACCAACGAUGGUGAUGCUUUCCUCUAUGGAGCCCAGACUCUCUACAGGAAUUUCACUAUAAGUACAAAGGAUCCUCACAUUGACUGUUACACAAUGUCAUCUAUCAAGAGUAAACUAGGUUUGGACAGAGAUGCUCUGGUUGGACUAGCAAUACUUCUUGGCUGUGACUAUCUUCCAAAGGGAGUCCCUGGAGUUGGAAAAGAGCAAGCAUUGAAACUCAUACAGAUUUUGAAAGGUCAAAGUUUGCUUGAGAGAUUUAAUCAGUGGAAUGAAAAAUCAUGUUAUUCUGCUGUGCAACCACGAGUAGCUAAAAAACUGGCUCACUGCUCUGUGUGCUGCCAUCCAGGAGGAGGAGGAGGGAAAGAAAAAAAAUAUGUAUAUAUCACUGAGCACAGCUGUGUCAGAAAGGCCUUUCACUCCCAAACGAGAUUAGGAGAUCCUAUUAGCUCAUCUCAGUGCUCACCUAAGGAUCAUGAACGUAAUGGAUGCAAAUUAUGUAAAAGUGAUAGAUACUGUGAACCGCAUGACUAUGAAUACUCCUGUCCUUGUGAAUGGCACCAGACAGAACACGAUAGGCAACUAAAUGGAGUAGAGAACAUUAUUAAGAGGAAAGCUUGCAGUUGUGAGGGAUUCCCAUUUCAUGAGGUUAUUCAAGAAUUCCUUGUGAACAAAGAUAAAUUGAUGAAGGUAAUCAGGUACCAAAGACCUGAUUUAUUAUUGUUCCAGAGAUUUACCCUUGAAAAAAUGGAAUGGCCCAAUCCCUAUGCAUGUGAGAAAUUGUUGGUACUUUUGACCCGCUAUGACAUGAAAGAAAGAAAACUUGGUAGAAGGAACUCUAAACAAUUACAGCCAAUACGAAUUGUUAAACCUCGAAUCAGAAAUGGAGUUCAUUGUUUUCAAGUAGAAUGGGAAAAGCCUGAACAUUAUGUUUUAGAAGAACAACAACAUGGAGAAUUGCUUCUACUUACAAUCGAAGAAGAAUCAUUGUUUACAGCAGCCUAUCCUGAGAUUGUAGCUGACUACCAAAAACAAAAAUUAGAAAUUAAAGGGAAGAAACCAAAAAAAAAUAUGAAAAUUAAACCUAAAGGAAACAGUUCACCAGAAUCAGAUGAUGUAAUGAGUUUUCAGUCAUUUAAGACUUUAAACCCCACAUGUGAAAUCUUUCUUAAGCAGAAUGCCAAGUUAAAUUUGGAAAUUUCUCCUGAUCCUCCAUUACCACAGAAAUCUAUUUCUGCCUUAUCCAAUGGCUUGCUUUUACCUGAAAAUGCUCCUUAUUUGAGUACACAACAGCAAAUGUCUUCUUCAAGACCUUUGACUAUACAGGAUAUUAAAGAUGUCAGUAAGUCUCUAAUUUCAGAAUCUAAUCAGCCUAAUACUUCAUCCUAUAAUAUAUCUGCAAUUACUGACCUACACUUGAGUACCAUUGACUGGGAAGAUACUUCUUUUAGUAAUUCUUCAGCUAUUCAAAUAAACCCUCUCUCUCAUGUUUUACAACAAUCAGAACUUGAAUCAGACCUAUCAGCCAUCCCUGAAGACUUUGGAAAUAUCCCAGAACAGUUGUCAUAUGAAUCAGAAUGGUGUACCACAAACAUCAAUAAAGUGUUGCAUGGGAAUCUUCAAAAGAUUAGUCCUGAAGAGCAUCUGCUUUCUGGCAUUAGUGAUUUACAUCUUCAGGAUUUGCCUUUAAAGAAACGAAUACAAAUAAAAUCAUCAUAUCCUCAGGAUAAUAUACAACCAGAUAUUCAUCUGAAAACUGUGUCCCUAACAAGGGACAAAGAAUCUUGUAUUGAUAACAGUAGUUCUGAUUGUCUGUUGCAUCUUUCAAAAGAUCUUCCAGAAAUUAAUUUGCAAAAUGAAUCUAGAAAGUCUCAUUUCCUAAAAGGAGACCAGCUACAUCAAGAAAACUAUAAAGUUAGUACUUCCAUACCUUAUCCUGUCAAUAAUCCAGUAGUAAAGACCUCUGAUAUUAGAAUUGGACCACUACAUCCUGCUUUAGAUCGUAGUAGAAAAAUUGAUAGGCAACGCAUUCAAAAAAUCGUCAUGAAGAAUAGUGUUUUCUUUGACAGACAUUCCUCUGACGAAGAAAGUACCCCAACAUUUGGGAAAGCUAAGUGCACAACUCAAAAAAUGUGUUACAGUUCUCAGAACCAUAGCCCAGCCCACUUCAAAGGACACAACCACAGCAAAUUGAGUAACCCUAAGAUACAUGUUAAAGAAACUGAACUGUUUGUCAAGUCUUAUAAAACAACCGGAAAUGAAGAAAAAUGUUUUCCAGAUAUAGCAAAAAGUUCUGAGAGUUGUCUACAAAGUCAUAAGAAAGACAUGGAGCCUGGUACUUAUUUGGAUAGUCCUCUUCCUUUAUCCCAGAGAUUAAAAGUAAGAUUCCAGAAUACAUGAAAGAUAAGAUACUUCAGUAUAAUUUAUUAUUAUACUACUAUCAAUAUAAGCAAAGCUGAGGGAGGGUAGAUAGUUAUUGUUUAGUAGAAAAAUUUAAUUUUUAUAUAUUGUGAAAAGUUUCUGCCAUUUUAAUCAAAAUUAUAAUUAAAAAGUGGAAUCUAAAAUUUGGGUUUUAAAAAUGACUUUCUGUGAUAAAAUUUCAGAUAAUAUAUAUUUUUAGAACACAUUUUUAUUGUUUUUAAAAAAUAUCCAUAUUGUUCUUAUAGUUUUAAAUAGUGCAUUAUUUGACAGAGUAAAUGCUUUGUUCAUUUGUUGAUUUUUACUUUUUCUUCCACAAGCCACUGAAGCAUUUAUUUAUAUUCCAGCUUGUUCCCAAGAGGGUAACUUUUUAUAAAUAUCUUGUAAUGUUAUCGACUAUACUUACCUGAUAGUUACAUUUUCUCUCAAUGUGAAGAUACUUUAGUGUCCUCUUUUACUUGUGGUAACCUUUUUCUCCUUUGUGAGGGAUAAAGGAGAGAGGAUGGUUAAUAUGUAGUAAAAUCAUGGUUGUAAUGGUUGAAUAAACUAAGGAAAUUUAUCCUUAUUCCCCAAAGUUCAUGGUAUAUCAAGUGGAAAAAGAUUUUGAAAAUCCCUUGUGUAACCAAAAGAGGAUUAUAAACUCAUUAAGAGGAUUAUUACCUCAUUAAGAAUGCAAAACAGCUAGUUAAUACUGUAGUAGUGCUGUGGGAAUCAGUUUCCUUGCUUUCUAUUUCAUUGAGUUUUCUGCUUUUUCUCUUCUAUAGCACUUUUCUUUCCCUUACUUUUGUUUUAAAAAUUAAUCUAUGCCCUAUUAAUUUGAAUACAUCCACAUAUUAAGUUUUUCAUAAAUUUAUCUAGUACUGAAAAAUUCUAGAGAGCAUCCAGAUUUGAAAAGAAAUAGUGAAACUGCUUCUAUUUGCAAAUGACAAUAUUGAAAAAUAUAUAUUGAAUGUAUAUUUCAAAUGUAUAUUGAAAACUCCUAAGGAAUCCAUUAAAAAUCUGUUAAAACUGAUGAGCUCAAGGUUGAAGUAUACAGAUCAGCAAAAAUCAAUUAUUUUUCUGUGUACUCACAGUAUAAAAAUAGAAAUGAAAUUUCUCUAAAUGAAAAUUAAGAAAAAAGUUCCAUUUACAGUAGCAUCAAAAAGAAGAAAACACCUUGGAAUAAAUUUAACAAAACAAAUGGAAAAACAUUCUAAAAGUAACAAGUAUUGUAAAGGAAAUUAAUAAAUGGAGAUCUCAUGUUCAUGAAUCAGAAGACUUAAAAUGGCAACACUAUUCAAACUGAUCAGAUUCAGUACAACCCAUCAAUUCUGGCAGGCUUGUUUUCUGACUGGCUGGCUGGCUGGAUUGCUUUUGUAGGAGAACCUAGCAACUCAUUCUAGCAUCAUGGAAAUUCUAGAGACUCUGAACAGCCAAUUUUGAACAGAAAAUUGGAGGACUCACUGAUUUCAAAACUUACUACAAAACUUUGUUAAUGAAAAAAAUAUUGUACUAACAUAAAGAUAGACAUGUGGGUCAGUAUAGAUCAAUGGGAUAGAAUCAAGAAUCUAGAAAUAUGCCCUCACAUUUAUGAUAAAUUGAUUUUCAACCAGAGUCAAGAGAGUUCAAUGGGGAAACAAUAGUCUUUCAGUAGAUGCUGUUGAGAAUAUUGGAUAUUUAUAUGAAAAUGAAGCUUAAUCCCUAUUUCAUGUUAUAUAUUGCUUAAAAAUUACUGUAAAGUGGAUCAAAUCCUUGAAUAUAGGAAGUAAAACUAUAAAACUCUUAGGAGGAAAUAGGUAUAAAUCUUCAGGGCUUUGGUUUAGGCAAGGGCUUCUUAGAUAUGACACCACAAAAGAAAGAUAAAGUAGACAUCAUCAAAACUUGUGUUAUGAAGGACAGCAUUAAGAGAAUGAAGAGAGCUGCCAUGGUGGUGCACGCCUGUCAUACCACCACUCAGGAGGGUGAGGCAGAGGAUUACAAAUUUGGGUCCAGCCUGGGCAACUUAGUGAGAUCUUGUCUCAAACUAAGUAAAGAGAGCUGAAGAUGCAGCCCAGUGGUAGAGUGUUUGUCUAGUAUGCACAAGGCCCUAGAUUCAAUACCCAUCACUGAAGAAGAAAAAUGUGAAGAGACAACCCGUGAAAUGGGAAAAAAAUAUUUGAAAAUCCUGUGCUAAGGGACUUGUAUAAAGAAUUCUUGCAAAUCAAUAACAAAAGAUAACUUAAAAAUGAGCAGAGUACACAUUUCUCCAAAGAAGAUAUACAAAUUAUCAGCACAUGAAAAAAUUCUUGACAUUAUUAGCUACCAAAAUGCAAAUCAAAACCAUAACUUGUUAUUGCCUCACAUCCAAUAGAAUGGCUAAAAUAUAAAAAAUAAGGAUGAAGGCAAUGGAGAAAUUGGUACCUUUAUAAUCCAGCAGUAGUGUAAAAUGGGAUAGCCACUUUGGAAAAAGUCUGAUGUUCACUCAAAUAGUUACAUGUAGAGUUACUAUGCAAUUCUCCUAGGCAUAUACCCAAGGCAAAAAGAAAAUGUCCACAUAAAAACUUGUACACAAAUGUCCAUUGUUAUUUAUAAUAAAAAUUAGAAGUAGUAGAAAUUGCUGAGUAAGGAGGAAAACUGACAUUUAUUAUAUAAUUAUCAACCAUAUACUGAGUGCUUACCUAAGUUCUUCACAAAAUUUUUAUUAUCAGUAAUUCUAUAAAGACUGUAUUGCUCCCCCCCCCAAUAAAUCCCAUUUAAAUGUUC